AUGAAUAACGGCACAGCGAUGCCACCGUUGUUGCCGGUGACCGGAACCGGCACCGGCUCGAUCAUCCUCGUCACCGUCAUCGGUGUUCUUUCGGCCAUCGCCGCAGUGAUGCUCAUACACCUCUGCUUCUUUCACGGCUAUAUCGCCUGCCUCGGUCUCACUACGUACGAAUACGUGCGCAACAAACGGGAGAAGGGAGGCACUGCUGCCGAUUCUAGAACAACGUCUAGAACAACUUCUGGCCUGGUAUGUGGCAUACCUUAUGCUUGUACUGCCGCUGCCGAUGAGGAGGAUCGCGUCAACCGGACUGGCGCGCGAGGUUUCUAUUCUCGCUUCUGCGAGAAUGGCCCUUUAAAACCUUGCAAAACUAAUACUACCAGCGUGACUACGGACGUAUACGUUUGCUCGACGCAGGAAUGCCCCGAGGAAAUCCGGAGUGAUGAAGCAAUGGCGAACGUUAAGGAUGUCUCCUCCAAGACGAGAGGUGGUCGGAAUUUUCGACUUUGUUUCUCGUACGAUUCGCGCACCACCGAGACUUCCAUUCAAGUCUCUUCCUCGCAGACGACGGAGUCGUUGAGGAACCAUGUGCGUGAUUCGCCGGAUACCAAAUCAUCCUCCACGCCCUCGCCGGUGUCUUGUUGCUUCUCCAUCAUGAACCAUCCCGAUGGCGGCAGCAGGCAUGAUGGAAACGGACGAAAGCGUCGCACCGACAGAGAUAAUAAUAGGAUCGAGCCCACAAAACGAUCCUGCGGGACAAUGAGAAGAAUACAGACCUUUCUGCAGGCUCGUCUGAGAAAAGGCUCGAGACAACGGUUAACGACAACCUCGUCCUCGGCGAUCGCUCGUCAUUGCGGUAACAAGAUCAUCCCGCAGCCAGGCAGUCCUCCAGACGUCGCACUUGCUUUAACCGAAUAUCAGGAUCGGAAUCAUCAGGUCGAAGCAUUGACGACGGAAUUGACACCAUCGGAUUACCCACGUCCACCGGCGAGGCUACCCACCUUAGAUUUUUCCCGCACUGUUCGCAAAAUUAGAAAAGUACCUUCGAAUACCACUGAUAUUUCCGUCCUAGGCCAGAUGCCCUCCAUGAUAUCUAAACGAAAUCAAACUCACCUUCGCACACGGCGAAGCGGGAGUUUUUCCAAGAAGAGGCCGCACUUCAAGAUCGGCUCGCAUGUCGUAACGCAGACCGCUCAACUGUCGCCCAUACCGGAGUCGGAGCUUUCGAAACCAGCUACGCCGAGAUCGCCGUCGCGAUCCAAUUCUAUAUUCGCUUUCCCACCAUUACACGAGUAA